AUGUCCGGUGUCGAUAGUGAUUCUGAACAGGAAUAUGAAGAAUUGAAAGUAGAGAAAAAGAUUGCAUUCACAGUCAAGAGAAGUACCGAUACGGGUGACCUCCAAGAUAUCUUCAAGCUUUCCGAUCAAACGCCUUUCAACAGAUUGUUCAAAGCUUAUCAUGAUAAGUACGGUAUAGCUCAAGAUACUUAUAGAAUACUCUACUAUGAACGUAUCUUACAUAGGGAAGAAACACCCAAAAUGCUAGAGAUGAAAAUUGGAAGAGCUUAUACUCUGGACGCUCACUUGUUUCAACAAGGUGGAAAAUGA